AUGAGCACAUCCAAUACAACUCCCGGUCCCGGAAACGCAGAAGAUGGUCAAAGCAACCCUCUUAACAACUACAAGCUUCUCGUCAUGGCUGGCUCGUCCUAUGACAAGAAGAAACAUCAAAUUGUCAAAGUCAAUGAUUCAGAAUCACUGCUUGUUGACGGCCCUCAUAUGGCAAUCAAUUUGCAUGUCCGAGUGCGCGAUUACGAUGGGCUUCCGCUCCAUUCUCCAAGGCACUCUUGUUACUUCGAACAUGAAAUGCAUCAGAAAGACUUUUACUCGAUCGCAUUUUCCUUUAUUCCGAAGAAGAAUAUAAAUACAAACAGUCUUGUUUGGGGCAACGAUUUCGACCAUCCAAUUCGUGACCAACUUCCUCCGGGUUUCAUUAUUGCCUAUAAAAUUGCAAAGACGUUCAUAGAUCCAGGAAUAGACUGUGACGUAUACUCUGAACGACCCUGGUCGUACGGACCGGCCUUGAGCUGUUGGGUUUCAUUUCGGAUUGGUGAGCAACAGCAACUUGGGGAUCAAAUGAACGAGGAUAAAUGUGGAAAUUUCCAAAAAUCGCCAACAAUCGGAGACCAGCAUGUUAUUGAGGAAGGAGCGGAUGGUGACGGUCGGGUCAUCCGCGAGAGACAUGGAAUUCCAGAAAAUGCCAAAAGGCGUCGAAAGCACUUCCUCUCCAUCUCCAACCGCAAGGCUUUUAACUUCCAGGCUGGAAGGGUCUACCAUGCUGACUUUUUCAAUCCUUAUUUUGAUCCUAAUAAAGUUCUUCUCCGAUUGCCAGGGAUUAAGAUUCGAGUUCUGAAGUAUGUGAAUGAAAAAACGCACAGCUUGCGAUAUGUCUUCAAGGACCGUGAAAAUGAGGAGGUUUACCUGGUGGUUGUGCUGAAACUUCUUUUUGGCCAGGAACUAACGAAUCAUAUUGAACAAUGA